AUGGUCGACUUAUCUAUCACCGCCGAUUGCGUCGCACUCGGUGGCAAAAUCAUUCAACUUCUCUCGGCUUUGACCAGUUUUGUGCGCAACGUACGUGAGGCUAGGUCUGAUAUUGAUGCCGUUUCACGCGAAUUACAUUCGCUACAGACAGUGCUUGAGUUAUUAGAGGAGGACGCUGAUCUGUUCCCUCCCGAACUUGUUGAACGGACUGCAAUUGUUGUGAACCAGUGUUCUUCGAUCCUUGAUAAAGUCAAUGCGUCUAUUGCCAUUCUCAACGACCCGGCGCGAUCGAAGCAACAGAAGCGAACGCAGUGGCUCGACAGUGGUGUGCCGGAAAUCUCAGGCUUCCGAACAACUCUAGAGGCUCAUAGAGUAACACUUGGACUGGCAUUGGAUUUGAUUGGAGUAACCACAACCCGAGAUCUCACAUCCGAUGCAACAAACGGCAAGAAUGCGGCGAUACAGAGAUACCAGAUUGACGACGACGUAUUGACCGAUGUCUCAACAAUCCUCAUUCAAAUGGGUCAAAUAUGUGUGCGGCUACCCGGCGAGUUCGAAAAGUCACCUUCACGUUUCAGUCUCCACGAAUACAUGAGCUGUUUGAAAGGGUAUGCCGAGGGAAUUAUUCGUCGCAAAGAGAUGGAACUCGUGACGGGGCCAAAGCUUGAGCGGCACGCUAAGCAGACGAGUAGAGAAACGCAACCGGGAGCAUUUAUAGGCGAAAGCCAACAAUUUGGAGCCUACGUGGGAGAUGCACCGGACAGUGCAAUUGAUAUGGACGACGAGGAGCCAACUUCCUGGAAAUCAGUUGGACUACCUGAGAAGCGCAUAGAUGAGGAAACUUCACCUACGGACGAUACGUUUGACUCGAGCCUCGAUGUACCUACACGAGCACCAACCCCGCCACCGAAGGAUAUCAAGAGACUAGAAGCCGCUCGAAGGAAGAUGGCCUCACCGUUUGAGAAAUUCGAGGAUGAUGAGCCAGACUCGCCGACCAACCCCUAUGGUGUUUUUACCGAGAUCAGCUCCGGUGGACAGCAACCCGCGCCUUCGGUCGCCUCUAGUAAAGGCAGAGGAUUCAAGAGAUUCUUCCCUUCUUUUAAGAGUUCUCCCUCUGAAAACAAGCCGACCGACAUCAGGCCCCCCACGCAGUCCACGAGCUCCGCAGCAAGCACAGCACCCGCCGAAAUAAGGCCAGUGACACCCAUUGUCAAAGCAAGUCUAGUAAGACGAGGUAGCCGAAGGCUCUCCGUUUCCGUGAAGAAACUGCCGUUGUGGAACAUGGAGCAACUGGAAGAAGUGGAAGGGGGGCCCGAAACCAGAGCCGUCUUCGGCGUGUCUCUUCAGAAGAGCAUGCAGGUCGCCAAGGGCACAUCGAAAACGCACCACGGGGAUAAAGGGGGGUCGUCACGACGGGACUUCCCCCUCUGCAUGCAAAAGUGCUGCUUCUUCCUGAAGCACCACGCCGUGGCCACGCCCGACAUUUUCGCCGAGCCCGGCGAUAUCUUUAACGUGGCGAAACUCAAGGAGGUCUUCAGCAAGGGCCCGACAUACGGACAAGACGUCAGCUUCGAGAACUACACCGUCUACGACGUGGCGGACCUCGCGCUGCUGUACCUGUCGCAGCUCCCGCGGCCGCUGGUCCCGGAAUCGCUCGCGAGGCGCUGGAUCUCGCUUUCGCGACAGGCGACGCUCUCGGGGUCGCACGCGACGCGGCUCGACCAGUGCAUCGAUUUCUGGGAGGAGGCGCUGAGUGGACUCCGGGGCCCGAGCCGGAGCUUGUUCAAGUUGCUCUUGAACCUGUGGGCCGACGUUGCACAGGCGGAGGAGCAGAACGAUAUGACGGCUGAGAGGCUCGCCGAUGUGGUGCUGAAGCCCUUGAUGCAUGUCUCUUCGGGCCAGUAUAGGACGGAUUACAUGCUCUCACUGGCGUUCCUCAUUCGGAGGAGAGCCGAAUAUACGGCCCUGCUGGCGGACAACCAGUCGGCUAUAAAGCGGAUCAGCCGGGCGGCGUGGUAA